UCACACAACAUCUACCACAUUCAACCAGUGAAUUGCGCGUGAGUGUAGCAGUGGUCGACGACCACAGAUUAUUGAGUGCCGGUGAUAGUGAAAUAUGAAGUUUACGGUAACAAUAUUCCUGUUGGUGGCGGCGUGCCAUGCCGCUGAGCCUCCGCCAUACAGAGGGCGGCAGAAGGCCAGGGACACACUGAGCACAGACAAGAGGGAGCUGGCCGAGGGAAGUGGGAAUGUGGACAAGAGAGAGUCUUUAUCUACCGUGGCCCCGUCUCCUACGCCAGGAAUCGAAUACGCAGACUCAAAAGAAUCACAGCAGGACAAAUCACCGGCUCAACAAGUGUACGCGACACCAGUGCCCCAGCUCUCCAAGAUAUCAGACGUGCUGACUGGUCAAGGACCCCCAUUCCCAGCGGCUAUCGCUAGCCACCUCUACUCUCCCAUAUCCGUCUACCAGCCAAGAUUAAGCGCACCUACUACGUACGAGCUAUCACCGCCAAUUCCGUCUCAACUAGCGUACUCCGAGCACAAGAUAGCAUACCAACAACAGCCGAACGCCAUCCCAGUAGCAACCUCGGCUCCCCUGAAAGUCUUACCCAACUACCAACCCGCUUACCAACAACAAAUCUUAUUGCAACCCCAACCCCUCUCUUCUCUGCAACAACUACAACCCCAAUCCAUUGCUCCUCCUCAACAAUUACAAUCUCAACCUAUUGCACCACCUCAACAGUUACAACCCCAACCCCUCCCCCCACCCCAACAACUACAACUUCAACCCAUCCCACCUCAACAACAACUCUUGCAGGAGAUUCCUCAAAACUACCAACAACCUCAAUUCCAAAUAAUCAGACCGAUUCAAUACAUUCAAGGUCUUCCUCUAACAUACCCUGGACCAGCUCCAGGACUGUAUCUUAGAAACCAAGUACAACUUCCGUACCUUCAGCCUCCCCAACUGAUUCCCGUUCCCGUUCAAUACUCGCAACUCCAGCCGGGAAUCGUCUACACUCAAAAUUCAAACAACGCUCCCCAGAAUCCACUGCAGAAGCCCCAGCAAGCGCCAGUGGAGCAGCAGCCUCAACAGCAACAGAUUGUUGAGAAACAGGAACCUCAGCAACAAAUACAGAAACCCAGCGUUCAACUGCGAGCCUACAGCCAGCCCCAAGGAGCGGUCAGCUACGCCAGCUUCUCACAAAGCCAACCUUCUCGACUGUACCUUCCGAAAGAGCCAGAACAGACAUAUCAACCGCCACAGCCUCAGCCACCUCGCCUCACCCUGCAGUUCAGAAGCCAACCUCUAAACACCCACAUAAAGCCUGAGGGGGCCGAAAAUCUUGAGUCAUCCAAAUCUCUAAAACCAAUUUCGUACUUCAGACCAGGUGCUACCAUACCAUUUCAGCCGAUACAGCAACAAGUCCUUCCGCAGCAGCCGCUUCUGAUCCAAAAUCAAGGCUACGGAUCGCAACCGUACAACGCAUCGCCAACCUUCCCCCCUGUGCAGUAUUUCGGCAAAAACGCUCAAAGAAUCUUUCCUAGAUAUUCCCCUAAGUCUUAAAUAUUUUAUUUUGUAUAGGGACGUACAAAAUGAUGAAAUUGAACAUUGGUGAACCCUAGUGAUGUAAUUUUUGUACAUCUAGUAUAAGCUGGUGCUCGUUGUAAAUUGGUUCAUAGUGUUCAACCAUUCGUAGUUGUUGUACGUUCGUGACUAAAAGAUCCAUCAAUAAAAUUAUUAAAUGCUGUUUCAAAAAAGAUAUAGCAGUUAAUAAUUUUGUUGAUGACAAAUUUAACACGAAUAGAGAAUUUUGUUGAUGGAUAAUAAAGUAUAUUUGAGUAUCUAGAUAUAUUCUUAGUAAACAAAGUCACGAAGGUGCUGCGUAUUAUAAUAAUUAACUGUGAUGCCAUACGAAUCUUUACUUUUGUAAGAAAUUUUACCAAUAAAUUUUAAGAUAUA